AUGGCCGCCCAGGGCGAGCCCGGCUACCUGGCGGCGCAGUCGGACCCGGGCUCCAACAGCGAGCGCAGCACGGACUCUCCCAUGCCCGGCUCGGAGGACGACCUGGUCGCCGGGGCGCCCCUGCACAGCCCCGAGUGGAGCGAGGAGCGCUUCCGCGUGGACAGGAAGAAACUUGAGGCCAUGUUACAAGCUGCUGCCGAAGGAAAAGGCAAAAGUGGGGAAGACUUUUUUCAGAAGAUCAUGGAGGAAACAAACACUCAGAUUGCUUGGCCAUCAAAACUGAAGAUUGGUGCCAAAUCCAAGAAAGAUCCCCACAUUAAGGUUUCUGGAAAGAAAGAAGAUGUUAAGGAAGCCAAGGAAAUGAUCAUGUCUGUCUUAGACACAAAAAGCAAUCGGGUCACCUUGAAGAUGGAUGUCUCACACACAGAACAUUCUCAUGUAAUCGGCAAAGGGGGCAACAAUAUUAAAAAGGUCAUGGAAGAAACAGGAUGCCACAUCCACUUCCCAGACUCCAACAGGAAUAAUCAAGCAGAAAAAAGCAACCAGGUAUCUAUAGCAGGACAACCAGCAGGAGUAGAAUCUGCCCGAGUUAGAAUUCGGGAGCUGCUUCCUUUGGUGCUGAUGUUUGAGCUGCCAAUUGCUGGAAUUCUUCAACCAGUGCCUGAUCCUAAUUCCCCCUCUAUUCAGCACAUAUCACAAAUGUACAACAUUUCAGUGUCAUUUAAACAGCGGUCCCGAAUGUAUGGUGCUACAGUGAUAGUACGGGGGUCUCAGAAUAAUACAAGCGCUGUGAAGGAAGGAACGGCCAUGCUGUUGGAACAUCUCGCUGGGAGCUUGGCGUCAGCUAUCCCCGUGAGCACACAACUGGAUAUCGCAGCUCAGCAUCAUCUCUUUAUGAUGGGUCGAAAUGGAAGCAACAUCAAACAUAUCAUGCAGAGAACGGGUGCUCAGAUCCACUUUCCCGAUCCCAGUAACCCACAAAGGAAAUCCACCGUCUACCUCCAGGGCACCAUUGACUCUGUCUGUCUUGCGAGGCAAUAUCUCAUGGGUUGUCUUCCCCUUGUGCUGAUGUUUGAUAUGAAGGAAGAAAUUGAAGUCGAUCCACAGUUCAUUGCUCAGCUGAUGGAACAGCUCGAUGUCUUCAUCAGUAUUAAACCAAAGCCAAAACAGCCAAGCAAGUCUGUGAUUGUGAAAAGUGUUGAGCGAAAUGCCUUAAAUAUGUAUGAAGCAAGGAAAUGUCUCCUCGGACUUGAAAGCAGUGGGGUUUCCAUAGCAACCAGCCCGUCCCCAGCGUCCUGCCCUGCCGGCCUGGCAUGUCCCAGCCUGGAUAUCUUAGCUUCUGCAGGCCUUGGACUCACUGGACUAGGUCUUUUGGGACCCACCACCUUAUCUCUCAACACUUCAACAACCCCAAACUCACUUUUAAAUGCUCUGAAUAGCUCAGUCAGUCCUUUGCAAAGUCCGAGUUCUGGCACCCCCAGCCCCACGUUGUGGGCACCUCCACUUGCUAAUACUUCAAGUGCCACAGGUUUUUCUGCUAUACCACACCUUAUGAUUCCAUCCACUGCCCAAGCCACGUUAACCAAUAUUUUGUUGUCUGGAGUACCCACUUAUGGGCACACGGCUCCGUCUCCCCCUCCUGGCUUGACGCCUGUUGAUGUCCAUAUCAACACUAUGCAGACAGACAGCAAAAAAAUCUCUGCUGCUCUAAAUGGACACACACAGUCUCCAAGUAUAAAAUAUGGUGCAAUAUCCACUUCAUCACUUGGAGAAAAAGUGCUGAGUGCGAAUCAUGGUGACCCAUCCCGGCAGACAACUGGAUCUGAGCAGACAUCUCCCAAAUCAAACCCCACGGAAGGUUGUAAUGAUGCUUUUGUUGAAGUAGGCAUGCCUCGAAGUCCUUCCCAUUCUGGAAAUGCUGGUGACUUGAAACAGAUGAUGGGUCCCUCCAAAGUUUCCUGUGCCAAGAGGCAGACAGUAGAACUGUUGCAAGGCACGAAAAACUCACACUUACACAGCACUGACAGGUUGCUCUCAGAUCCUGAACUGAGUGCUGCAGAAAGCCCACUGGCUGACAAGAAGGCUCCGGGGAGUGAGCGAGCUGCCGAAAGGGCCGCCCAACAGAACAAUGAAAGGGCCCGCCUUGCCCCACGGCCAUCAUACAUCAAUAUGCAGGCAUUUGACUAUGAACAGAAGAAGCUAUUAGCAACCAAAGCUAUGUUAAAGAAACCAGUGGUGACGGAGGUCAGAACACCCACAAACACCUGGAGUGGCCUGGGGUUUUCUAAAUCCAUGCCCGCUGAAACUAUCAAGGAGCUGAGAAGGGCCAACCAUGUGUCAUAUAAACCCACAAUGACGACCACCUUUGAGGGUUCAUCAAUGUCCCUCUCGAGGUCCAACAGUCGUGAGCACCUGGGAAGUGGAAGCGAAUCUGACAACUGGAGAGACCGAAAUGGAAUAGGUCCUGCAAGUCAUAGCGAAUUUGCAGCUUCUAUUGGCAGCCCUAAGCGUAAACAGAACAAAUCAACGGAACACUAUCUCAGCAGUAGCAAUUACAUGGACUGCAUUUCCUCGCUGACAGGAAGCAAUGGCUGUAACCUGAACAGCUCUUUCAAAGGCUCUGACCUCCCUGAGCUCUUCAGCAAACUGGGCCUGGGCAAAUACACCGACGUCUUCCAGCAACAAGAGAUCGAUCUUCAGACAUUCCUCACUCUCACAGAUCAGGACCUGAAGGAGCUGGGAAUUACGACUUUUGGUGCCAGAAGGAAAAUGCUGCUUGCCAUCUCAGAACUAAAUAAAAACCGAAGAAAGCUCUUUGAACCGCCGAAUACACGCACCUCUUUCCUGGAAGGCGGAGCAAGCGGGAGGCUACCCCGUCAGUAUCACUCGGACAUUGCUAGCGUUAGUGGCCGCUGGUAG